GGGCUCAUUUCAUGACCCCCGAUGCCAGUCGUGCAUAUCCUACUGCCGUACCUUCAGGCGUCGGCUAUAACCAGAUGAACUACUCGGGGUAUACUACGCAGCCUUUGUCGGCCACUCCACAGGCCCUUCCGACGACCCAAGUCACGCCUUCGACGGCGUCAAAUUUUCAGCGCCCUCCGAAUGCCGCCUCCUUUGCCGCUCCGCAACCUUAUACACAAGCUCCCACGCCUCCUGUGCCGCCCUACCAAGCCCAACAAACGUACGGAAGGACUUAUGCCCCGCCUACUGCACAGCCUGCGCCUACAUAUCCGUCUGCUAUGCCCACGCAUCAACAUGUCAACCCGCCAGUUCAACCGCCCAUGAUGGGACCGCCCAUGCGCUGGGGGUUUGAACACCAGGGACCAACAGGCGCUUUCAACGGCCCUCAGCGUGGCCCUCAGCGAAAUGGGCGUCCUUUCAAUGGCUACGGUGCACAGUCACCCACGGGAGACAGGCCAAUGCACCAUGCGAACAAGCGUGAUCACAAUUCCGCCUUUGGCAAACCCCAAUCAGUCGCUCCGCGGAUUCCAGCACCGCCCGCGGUCCCGAGCUUUGGCAACCCUCUGCCCUCCAAACCGCCUCCGCCAGCCGAUGCCGCGCGAAAGCCGAAAAAGAAGAAGAGAAAGCAUAACCAACUUGGCCUGACACCGAAAACGGAGGAUCACGAGUCGAGCGAUGAGGAAGAUGAUGCGGACGAGGAAUCCAGACUAGCCGCUGGAAGUGCGGGUGCUUCGGCGCCUUUGCAGUUUACAUACCGCGGGCGAACCGCCACCCUGAAAUCGCCAGAAGAGAUCGCCGCGUGGAUCGAGGAGCGGAAGAAGCGAUAUCCCACCCAAGCGCGGAUCGAUGAAAAGAAGAAGGCUAUGGAGGAGGCAAAGAAAGCUCGGCAGGAGGUGCAGCGACAAAGGGAUCAGCGCCAAAAGGAAAUGAAACAAGCCCAAAAGGAUGCUCGAAAUCGGAAGGAUCACGACAAGCAGCCCCCCAAGGAGCAAAGUCCAAAGCCCACGGAUCCAAUUGACGCGGCGGCCAAGGCCAAGCAAAAGGCCGAUAGGCUUAGGCGGAAGCUGAUGAAAGAAGAGAAGCGGGUUGCCAAAGCGGAAGCCGAUGCUGAAAGGGCGCGGAUCAGAGUUGAGGAGCUACAGAAGGGAGCGUCAGAUGUCAGCGGGGAGCCACCAUCAGCCGGGCAAGAAACCCCGGCCCAACUGGCCUCUACUGAUACGGGGCCGCCUGCCUCGGAAAUCACCAACAGUGACACCACGCCUGCGACGCAUAUCACGACAGGUCCAGCGACCUCGGAAGAGGCCCACCUGUCAUCUGCUGCCUCCGACAGUAGCGAUUGGACAUCGUCCAGUGGUUCGGAUUCUUCAUCUGAUGAAUCGGACAGCGACGAUGAUUCCGCGCCGGAGGAAGCGACAUCUCGACGGGAGGGACCCGAGCGGGUGCCACCCCCAGCGCGCGAAACCAAGCGCCAAGUGUGUCGACACUUUGCCCGAACCGGCCGCUGUAAGCAUGGGAACAAAUGCAAAUUCUUGCACGAGACGCCGGAGCGAGGCGUGAAAUCGAAGCCGGUGCCGGUGGAGCCCAGGGGACGGAAGGGGCUCCUCCAAGCGGUGAGUUUAGCCAACACCAUCUGAGAUAUCUCUCUUAGGGCAUGACUAACGAGCACGAUGACUAGCUUAUGGACCGCCAAAAGGAAGAGGAAGACCGGAAU